CCCUGGCCGAAUUUCGUAAUUCGAAACGAAUUGGAGCAAUAGCAAUUUCAGCCGGCUGCGUGCAGAAGAAAAUGUCCGCAGCGACGGAUCAGGAUCCAGUGGAACUGAUGCUGAAGAAGACCGGUUGCAUAGAGCUCCACUACAAGGUGCAGGAGUGCAUUGCCGAAACGGGCGACUGGCGGGCCUGCCAGGACAAGGUGAAGGAGUUCCGGGCUUGUAUGCAGAAGUACGUGGAGCAGCAGAGCCAGAAAUAUGCCCACGUCAAGUAG